GUUUUUUUUUCUGUUCGUAUCGAUCGUAAAGGGUCUCACAAGAGAUCCAGAAAUGUUGUGCUCACUUAUUGGUUGUCUACUUGAAAUUUCAUAAAGUUAAUAUGUUUACAGCUGUUUAUCUCUUGUAUCGGUUCGUGUACGUCAGCGAAAAGCGAGACGACGAUCUGUAUGAGAGGACAUCGGGUAACGGAGCUGUAGCAGGCCGUGCCAGAAAUGAGCGGGCAUGCAACCCGUCCCAGCGAGGGUCGUCAAGCGGUUCUCGAACGCAUUCAGGUGUCCGUGCUACCGAUCGCUGGGAAACACGCCACGUCGACGUUGCCCGCCACGUCGGCUUCCCCAAUGGAAAGACAAGAUGCGGAUAUUACGAGCAAACAGAAAAAAUGCACUGGAAAGGAGAUUUCGAAUACUCAAAGAGUUUGGACAAGUCUGGUGUCCGGUGCGAUAGCGGGAGCUUUGGCAAAGACUACAAUAGCACCGUUGGACCGUACAAAGAUCAAUUUUCAAAUUUCGAAACAGCCGUACUCGGCCAGGGCGGCGAUAGGAUUCUUAAGUACGGCGAUGCGUACCGAGGGUCUUCUCAGUCUGUGGCGUGGGAACAGCGCCACUAUGAUUAGGAUAGUGCCAUAUUCAGCGGUGCAGUUUACGGCGCACGAACAGUGGAAAAGAAUCUUGAGCAUAAAUGGCAUGGAAAGGAAAAAGCCGUGGGCAAGCUUCCUGGCCGGCGCGUUGGCGGGAGUAACGUCACAGACCAUGACCUACCCGUUGGAUUUGAUGCGGGCGAGAAUGGCGGUAACCUUGAAGGCUGAGUACAAGACUCUGCGGCAGGCGUUCUCGCGAAUGUACAAAGAGGAAGGGAUCCUGGCGUACUACCGUGGCUUCACCGCUACGAUCCUCGGCGCGAUUCCCUACGCCGGCUGCAGUUUCUUCACGUACGACAUGCUGAGAAACUUACUGAGCGUGUACACGGUGACUAUUCCGGGAUUCUCGACCUCGCUCAUUUGCGGCGGCAUCGCUGGAAUGGUCGGUCAGACAAGCAGCUACCCCUUGGACAUUGUGCGGCGGAGAAUGCAGACGUCGGCGAUCAAGGGUCAGCAUUAUCACACGAUCACGUCCACUGUCAUGAAAAUUUACACGGAAGAAGGAAUAAUGGCUUUUUACAAAGGCUUAAGCAUGAAUUGGGUGAAGGGUCCUAUUGCCGUUGGAAUUAGUUUUGCCACACACGAUACAAUACGGGAUACAUUGAGGACAAUUAUUUGUGAAGAUACAUAAAACUAAUGGAACACUGGGCAAAAUCUAGAGUUAUUAUAGAGUAGUAAUAACCAAUAAUUAUUGAUUACACUUAUAAUUAAUAAUUAUUAAUUAACAGUGGUGUCUAAAUAAACCUAUAUAAUUGUUAAUUAUUAUUCAUAAUUAAUAAUUAUAUAAUUUCCGUGUUUAACAUAAUUCAUUUUAACAGUGGGUAAAAAUGUCUUCAAAAUUUCGCUUGACAAAGAAAACGAAAACAUGCACAAAUCAUUGUCGAUGACAAGGGCAUAAAAUAACAUUGCAGUAGCUGCAUUAUAACGAUGUGACAAAGAGAAUAGUUAAUUUGUUAUUUUGUGAGAGCAUUUUGCCAAAAGCAACACAAGAUGUCGUUAGUACAAAUUGUUAAAUAUUAUGUACAUAUUGUUAUUCCAAACGUUAUAGAAAUCGUUUUUAAAAAGUUAGAAAAACAUAAUACAUAUAGAUGUGCAUAGCAGUAUAGCAAAUUGUAAUAUACGCGUUGUAUAUUAGUCCGGCAAUAUGAAAGUAUGAUUUUCUGGUUUGCCUUGAUUAUCAUUGAGUAUAAUUAGACACGAUUUAUACAAAGAUAUGAUUUUUCUGACUUGCCUUAAUCGCCUUGCAAACUCUAAGAUAAAAGCGAACAAGCUGUAAUUUGCAUUCGGGAUUAUAUGUGUAUUCAGAUAGCAAUCUUUUAAGAUAUUUUUUACUUUGGAAAUCAAAAUACUCAAGAUAAUUCUUGAUGAUAAUUUUCAUAAACUUGUGUAAAAUAUAGAAAUAUUGUACAGUUUUUAAUGUAAAUUGCGCCGGAGAUAUUCAAAGUAUACUUUAUUCAAUCAUUAUACUUGUUACGUAAUCGAUUCGUUUUAGCUCUGCAAAAUGACUAAUUUAUAUUUUAUUUUUUAAUAGAUUGCAAUCGAUAGCGACAAUAAAGUUUAAAACUCGAAACAUCAUAAAAAGAUUCGAUAUAUUAUAUUACUCUGAAUCUAUGUUACAAUUAAUUAUCGAUAUUAUUAGUUUUAAAGAAUGAUUUGUAAUUUUUAUUUUACAGCCAAAUACUUUUAAAUACCUUGUACAUACUCCUAAAUGGUAUACUAUAUUUUAUGUUAAAAAUUGAAUUGUAAAAUUAAUUAAUGUAAUAGAAAAUAAAGAAGGAGGAAAGCAUUUUGUAUCGGUCGAAAAGAGAUUACAGUCGAUGCAAAAAGUCGUUGCCUUCUCUAUAUUUUGCAAUACUUUAUGCUUAAACAGAUUUAUUUAACAAAUUGCUAUCUUUUCGAUAAUGCAUACUUAUUUUUUAGCUAUUGAUUUUUGAAAAUUUCCAGAAUUCAUGUCAAUUACAACAUAUGUAUCAUAUAAAAGUUUAUUCCUUAAAAUUGUGUAGCUUGUUUGCGAUCAUUGUAUUGAUUAUAUAUAAUGUAAAGUCAUUUAGUAAAUAUAUAAAUUUUAUACAGUG